CGCGCGCGCGAGCUAGCCGCUUGUCGCCAUUUUGUAUUGAAAAUUAAACUGGAGUAGGGGGCUUGUGUAUCAGAGAGAGAUUUUUAGCGACUUCAGAUGGUAUAAAUCAUAACGAUACGCAUUAUUUAAUAACUGGUGUCAGAAGGUAACGUUCCAUACAGAUGUCACUCUUCAUGUUUGAUUGAGGUACUGAUAAUUGAGACACUUGGAACCACUGAGACAAAAUCCUGCUUAACAAUCGGAUAACACUUUUUGUGAAAGAAAUUAAAACAUAUCUCUGAAGUGACUAAAGGGGAAUAAUGGUGAUUUUGCGCCGGACUCGGCCGCCUGCUUCCGCCCUGACCAGCAAUGAAUCUUGACUCGCUCUCGCUGGCCUUGUCUCAAAUCAGCUACCUGGUGGACAAUUUAACUAAGAAAAACUACCGAGCCAGCCAGCAAGAAAUACAGCAUAUUGUGAAUCGGCACGGCCCCGAGGCAGACAGGCAUUUGUUACGCUGUCUAUUCUCGCAUGUGGAUUUUAGUGGCGAUGGUAAAAGCAGUGGAAAGGAUUUUCAUCAGACACAGUUUCUGAUCCAGGAGUGUGCAUCUCUCAUCACCAAGCCAAACUUUAUCUCAACGCUUUGCUACGCUAUUGACAAUCCUUUGCAUUAUCAAAAGAGUUUGAAGCCUUCACCUCACUUGUUUACCCAGUUGAGUAAGGUUCUCAAGCUAAGUAAAGUACAAGAGGUAAUAUUUGGCCUUGCCUUGUUGAAUUCUUGCAGUCCAGAUCUGAAAAGUUUCGCGGCCCAGUUUGUGAAGCAGAAAAUACCUGACCUGCUCCGCUCUUACGUAGACGCGGACGUAGGGGGUAACCAAGAAGGUGGCUUCCAAGAUAUAGCAAUUGAAGUCCUGCACCUGCUCCUCUCCCAUCUCCUCUUUGGACAAAAGGGAGCUUCUGGUGUUGGACAGGAGCAGAUAGACGCUUUCCUCAAGACUCUUCGCAGAGAUUUUCCUCAGGAGCGCUGCCCUGUGGUGCUUGCACCACUGCUUUACCCUGAAAAACGGGACAUUCUGAUGGACAGGAUCCUACCAGAUUCUGGAGGGAUAGCUAAAAACAUGAUGGAGAGCUCCCUUGCAGAUUUUAUGCAAGAAGUGGGAUAUGGAUUUUGUGCAAGUCUUGAUGAAUGCCGUAACAUCAUAAUGCAGUAUGGAGUUCGAGAGGUAACAGCAUGCCAGGUAGCCAGGGUUCUUGGAAUGAUGGCACGCACUCAUUCAGGGUUAUCUGAUGGUAUUCCUCUUCAGUCAAUCUCCACCCCUGGCAGUGGCAUCUGGAGUGAUGGAAAGGAUAAAAGUGAUGGUUCCCAGGUGCACACAUGGAAUGUAGAAGUACUAAUUGAUGUUGUGAAAGAGCUGAGCCCCACUUUAAACUUUAAAGAAGUAACAUAUGAGCUGGACCAUCCUGGAUUUAUCAUUCGUGAUUCCAAAGGCCUUCAGAUAGUGGUGUAUGGUAUCCAAAGAGGCUUAGGCUUAGAGGUAUUCCCAGUAGAUUUGAUCUACAGACCUUGGAAACAUGCAGAAGGCCAGCUUUCAUUUAUUCAGCAUUCCUUGGCAAACCCAGAAAUAUUCUGUUUUGCGGAUUACCCAUGCCACAAUGUUGCCACAGAUAUUUUAAAAGCUCCACCAGAGGACGAUAAUCGUGAGAUUGCAACAUGGAAGAGUUUGGACCUGAUAGAAAUCCUCCUACGACUUUCAGAGGUGGGACAGUAUGAGCAAGUGAAGCAGCUUUUUACGUUCCCCAUCAAGCACUGUCCAGACAUGUUGGUUCUGGCCUUACUACAGAUCAGUACCUCCUGGCACACAUUACGCCAUGAACUAAUAUCAACUUUGAUGCCAAUCUUUCUUGGCAAUCAUCCCAAUUCUGCCAUCAUUUUGCACUAUGCAUGGCAUGGACAGGGCCAGUCGCCUUCUAUCCGUCAGUUAAUCAUGCACUCAAUGGCAGAAUGGUAUAUGAGGGGAGAACAGUAUGACCAGGCCAAGCUUUCCCGCAUUUUGGAUGUUGCUCAGGACUUGAAGUCUUUAUCCAUGCUGCUAAAUGGUACUCCAUUUGCCUUUGUUAUUGAUCUUGCUGCACUAGCGUCUCGUCGAGAAUACCUCAAAUUAGACAAAUGGUUGACAGAUAAAAUUCGAGAGCAUGGGGAGCCAUUCAUCCAAGCCUGUGUUACCUUUUUAAAAAGACGCUGUCCUUCCAUCAUGGGAGGAUUGGCCCCAGAAAAGGAUCAGCCGAAAAGUGCACAGUUGCCUCCAGAAACUUUGGCUACUAUGCUUGCUUGUUUGCAGUCCUGUGCUGGGAGUGUUUCUCAGGAGCUCUCAGAAACCAUCUUAACUAUGGUAGCAAACUGCAGUAAUGUCAUGAAUAAGGCUCGACAGCCACCUCCAGGAGUAAUGCCAAAAGGCCGGGCUCCUAGCACCAGCAGUUUAGAUGCUAUUUCUCCUGUGCAGAUUGAUCCUUUGUCUGGAAUGGCUUCUUUGGCAAUUGGUGGAUCUGCUGCCUCUCAUACACAGAGCAUCCAGGGAUUUCCAACGAAUUUGGGUUCUGCUUUUAGUAACCCACAAUCUCCAGCAAAGGCUUUUCCCGCUCUUACCAAUCCCAGCCAGUCAACUCCCUUCAGUAGCAUUGGUGCCCUUUCUUCGCAAUUGCCAGGUUCCUUGGGUACCAGCAACCUGACAGGUAUUGGCAGUAGUGCACUUGGGUUACCAGCUGUGAGCAGUGAUCCUUUUGGACAGAGGAAGAUGAGCACUUCUGGAUUAAACCCACCAACCUUCCAGCAGAGUAAGAUGAAAUCUUCUGACCUUUCUCAGGUAUGGCCUGAAGCAAACCAGCACUUUAGCAAAGAGAUUGAUGAUGAAGCAAACAGCUACUUCCAACGAAUUUACAACCAUCCUCCCCAUCCUACAAUGUCUGUAGAUGAGGUGCUGGAGAUGUUGCAGAGAUUUAAAGAUUCUAACAUUAAGCGGGAGCGGGAAGUUUUCAACUGUAUGCUGAGGAAUCUUUUUGAGGAGUACCGCUUUUUUCCUCAGUACCCAGACAAGGAACUACACAUCACUGCAUGUCUGUUUGGUGGAAUAAUCGAGAAAGGCCUUGUAACCUACAUGGCCCUAGGGCUUGCACUACGUUAUGUCCUUGAAGCUUUAAGAAAGCCUUUUGGAUCCAAAAUGUAUUACUUUGGUAUUGCUGCACUAGACAGGUUUAAAAAUAGAUUGAAGGAUUAUCCCCAAUAUUGCCAGCACUUGGCUUCCAUUGCUCACUUUAUGCAGUUUCCACAUCACUUACAGGAGUACAUAGAGUAUGGGCAACAAUCAAGAGACCCACCUGUUAAGAUGCAAGGGUCAAUUACUACACCUGGCAGCCUUGCUCUUGCACAAGCUCAGGCCCAAGCACAAGUGCCCCCUAAAGCAUCUCUUCCAGGGCAGGUUAGCACUGUGGUAACUACAUCUACCACAACCACUGUUGCCAAAACCACUACUAUUACCCGCCCCACUGGAGUUGGCUUCAAGAAAGAUGUUCCGCCUUCUAUUAAUACAACCAAUAUUGACACACUGCUAGUAGCCACUGAUCAAACAGAGAGGAUUGUGGAACCACCGGAAAAUGUUCAGGAAAAAAUAGCUUUCAUCUUUAACAAUCUUUCCCAGUCAAACAUGACACAGAAGGUAGAAGAGCUGAAAGAAACUGUUAAGGAGGAAUUUAUGCCUUGGGUAUCCCAGUAUCUUGUAAUGAAGAGAGUCAGUAUAGAACCAAACUUCCAUAGCCUUUACUCCAAUUUUUUGGAUACAUUAAAAAACCAAGAGUUUGUUAAAAUGGUCCUUAAUGAAACAUACAGAAAUAUUAAGGUUCUCCUCACAUCCGACAAGGCUGCAGCCAACUUUUCUGACAGAUCACUAUUGAAAAAUCUAGGACACUGGCUUGGGAUGAUUACAUUGGCAAAGAAUAAGCCCAUUCUUUACACGGAUUUAGAGGUUAAAUCAUUGCUGCUGGAAGCCUAUGUUAAGGGACAGCAAGAGCUUCUGUAUGUGGUCCCUUUUGUUGCCAAAGUCUUAGAAUCCAGUGUGAGGAGUGUGAUAUUCAGGCCUCAGAACCCCUGGACAAUGGCCAUUAUGAAUGUUUUAGCAGAACUUCACCAAGAACAUGAUUUAAAGCUUAAUUUAAAAUUUGAAAUUGAAGUACUUUGUAAGAAUCUUUCCCUUGACAUCAAUGACCUUAAACCUGGAAAUUUAUUAAAGGAUAAAGAUAAACUUAAAAAUUUAGAUGAACAGUUAUCUGCACCAAAGAAAGAAGCUAAACCUGCGGAAGAAAUGCUCCCCGUAGUGACAACUGGAGACUUUCUCCCCUUUGCAGCAGCUUCUUCCACUCCUGCUACAACUACAGCUUGUACAACCACUGGUCCACCAACACCUCAGUUCAGUUAUCAUGAUAUCAAUGUCUAUUCCCUAGCAGGACUUGCUCCUCACAUCAAUAUCAACCCCAAUAUUCCUUUAUUCCAGACUCACCCACAACUCAAGCAGUGUGUUCGACAGGCCAUAGAGAGAGCAGUUCAAGAGCUUGUCCAUCCUGUAGUUGACCGUUCCAUAAAAAUUGCCAUGACAACUUGUGAGCAGAUUGUUCGUAAGGACUUUGCCCUUGACUCAGAAGAAUCUCGUAUGCGUGUUGCUGCCCAUCAUAUGAUGCGCAAUUUGACAGCUGGGAUGGCAAUGAUUACUUGCCGAGAACCUCUUCUUAUGAGCAUUGCUACGAACCUAAAAAACAGCUUUGCUUCUGCUCUCAGGGCUCCAACUCCCCAACAACGAGAAAUGAUGGAGCAAGCAGCAGCACAAAUAGCACAAGACAACUGUGAGCUUGCCUGUUGCUUUAUUCAGAAAACUGCAGUGGAAAAAGCUGGACCAGAAAUGGACAAAAGACUUGCAACUGAGUUUGAGUUGCGCAAGCAUGCUAGACAAGAAGGCCGCCGUUACUGUGACCCAGUUGUACUAACGUAUCAAGCAGAACGCAUGCCUGAGCAAAUUAGACUUAAGGUUGGAGGUGUUGAUCCUAAACAGCUGGCUGUUUAUGAAGAGUUUGCCCGAAAUGUUCCUGGAUUCCUUCCUAGUAAUGAUUUAUCCCAACCAACUGGUUUUCUUGCUCAACCAAUGAAGCAACAAGCCUGGGCUACAGAUGAUGUUGCACAGAUAUAUGACAAGUGUAUUACUGAGCUGGAGCAGCAUCUGCAUGCCAUUCCUCCUGCAUUGGCUAUGAACCCUCAAACACAAGCACUUAGAAGUCUGUUGGAAGCUGUAGUGCUGGCCAGAAAUUCUAGGGAUGCAAUUGCUGCACUUGGACUGCUGCAGAAGGCAGUAGAAGGAUUGUUGGAUGCUACCAGUGGCGCUGAUGCAGAUCUGCUUCUCCGGUAUCGGGAAUGUCACCUACUUGUACUUAAAGCACUGCAGGAUGGUCGUGCCUAUGGGUCUCACUGGUGUAACAAACAGAUUACUAGGUGUCUGAUUGAAUGUCGUGAUGAAUACAAGUACAAUGUUGAAGCUGUAGAACUGCUAAUCAGAAAUCAUCUUGUUAACAUGCAGCAGUACGAUUUGCAUUUGGCUCAGUCUAUGGAGAAUGGCUUACAUUACAUGGCAGUGGCAUUUGCCAUGCAACUGGUGAAGCUGCUGCUUGUUGAUGACAGAAGUGUUAGUCAUAUCACAGAAGCAGACCUCUUCCACACAAUUGAGACUCUCAUGAGAACAAGUGCACACUCGCGUGCAAAUGCUCCUGAAGGACUUCCACAACUAAUGGAGGUAGUAAGGUCAAACUAUGAAGCGAUGAUUGAUCGUGCCCAUGGAGGACCCAAUUUCAUGAUGCACUCCGGGAUCUCUCAAGCAUCUGAAUAUGAUGACCCGCCAGGAUUAAGGGAGAAGGCAGAGUAUCUCCUGAGAGAGUGGGUGAAUCUGUACCAUUCUGCGGCAGCUGGCAGGGAUAGCACAAAGGCUUUCUCUGCUUUUGUAGGACAGAUGCACCAGCAAGGAAUUCUUAAAACAGAUGAUCUGAUAACCCGAUUUUUUCGCCUGUGUACAGAAAUGUGUGUAGAAAUCAGUUAUCGUGCACAAGCAGAGCAGCAGCACAACCCUGCUGCAAGUGUUGCUAUUAUCCGUGCCAAAUGUUACCACAACUUGGAUGCCUUUGUCAGGCUUAUUGCACUACUAGUCAAGCAUUCUGGAGAAGCUACCAACACUGUGACAAAAAUAAAUCUACUUAACAAGGUUCUUGGUAUAGUUGUUGGAGUGCUAAUUCAAGAUCAUGAUGUACGUCAAACUGAAUUUCAGCAACUUCCUUAUCACAGAAUUUUUAUUAUGCUGCUUUUGGAAUUGAAUGCACCAGAGCAUGUUCUGGAAACCAUUAACUUUCAAACGUUAACUGCUUUUUGCAAUACAUUCCAUAUUCUGAGGCCAACAAAAGCUCCUGGUUUUGUUUAUGCUUGGCUUGAACUGAUUUCUCAUCGAAUAUUCAUUGCUAGGAUGCUGGCUCAUACACCGCAGCAGAAGGGUUGGCCAAUGUAUGCUCAGCUGCUAAUAGAUCUUUUCAAAUACUUGGCUCCGUUUCUGCGGAAUGUUGAGCUGAACAAACCUAUGCAAAUUCUAUAUAAGGGUACUCUGCGUGUGCUAUUGGUUCUUCUUCAUGACUUCCCAGAAUUCCUGUGUGAUUACCAUUAUGGAUUUUGUGAUGUGAUCCCACCUAACUGUAUUCAGCUACGGAAUCUUAUUCUCAGUGCCUUCCCACGCAACAUGAGACUACCUGACCCUUUCACCCCCAACCUCAAGGUGGAUAUGCUGAGUGAAAUAAAUAUUGCACCUCGCAUUCUAACAAAUUUUACUGGAGUUAUGCCACCUCAGUUUAAGAAGGAUUUGGAUUCCUACCUAAAAACACGUUCGCCUGUCACCUUUUUAUCAGAGCUACGUAGCAACCUGCAGGUUUCCAAUGAGCCAGGUAAUCGCUACAACAUACAACUUAUCAAUGCACUUGUAUUGUAUGUUGGAACUCAAGCUAUUGCACACAUCCACAACAAGGGAAGCACACCAUCAAUGAGCACUAUAACACACUCUGCCCACAUGGACAUUUUUCAAAACCUCGCUGUGGAUCUGGAUACAGAAGGACGAUACCUUUUUCUCAAUGCAAUUGCCAAUCAGCUGCGCUACCCUAACAGCCACACUCACUACUUCAGUUGUACUAUGCUGUAUCUCUUUGCUGAGGCCAAUACGGAAGCUAUACAGGAGCAGAUCACCAGGGUCCUACUUGAAAGAUUGAUAGUAAACCGGCCGCAUCCAUGGGGUCUGCUUAUUACUUUCAUCGAGCUAAUAAAAAACCCAGCGUUCAAGUUCUGGAACCAUGAUUUUGUUCACUGUGCACCAGAAAUUGAAAAGUUGUUCCAGUCAGUAGCUCAGUGCUGUAUGGGACAAAAACAAGCACAGCAAGUAAUGGAAGGCACUGGUGCCAGUUAGACAAUCAGUGGAAUAUUCUGGCAGCAUAAAACAAACCUCCGCUCAGCCUUUUGUAUCCCACACUUAAACUGACAUUGACGGCUCUUUCAGCCUGCCACAGCAGAAACUGUCUUGACUGGAAGCUAGAAAAUGUAUUUCUUUUUUUUCUUUUUUUUUCUUUUUCUUUUUCUUUUUUUUUAUCUAUUAUUUAUGGCCAAAAUGAGUAAGGACUUUAAGAUUUAUUUUUAAAUUUAAAAACAAAUGCUGUGAAUAUAAUUUUGAACUUAAAUGUAAAUAAUUGGGAGGGCAGGCUUUCAAAACUGGACUUUUCAAAUAGUGUUGCAGAUUGACAGAUGUCUGGUACUAAAACCUGUUUUGGCUGGGUGGGUUUUGGGGCAGCUGCUGUUAAAUUAUCUGGAUAACAUGUCCAAACCAUUAUGUUUUUCAUUUCAUGCCCCUCUGUACAGAGAUGUUUUUUUUUCCUUUACAACAAUACAUAAUUGUGUUAUUAAGAAGACUAUAGUGUGUUGCUUAACAACUGAAAUGUGGAUUCAACCAGGUUUUGGGUGGGGAGAAGGAUCUCCUUGUUGGGAGUGGGGUGGGAUGUGUUUAUAAGGUAUGAACUGAAUGCCAUGUAUAAAGGAUAGCAAUUUAUUCUUAGAAGAUGUUUAUUCCAGACAAUGUGAGGUAAUGGGUUGUGGUUGUAAUUUUAAAUAAGGGAUUAAGUGCUCUCCCAAUCUUGUACAAUUGUUGAAUACAAAUAUGCCAGAAUAUUGGUAGAAAGCCUGUUAAGUUUGUAUAAAGAUCAAAAAUGGACCAAUACAGCCUUUUUUGUAAGGAUUUUGAAUGUUUUGUAAAUGUAUUGGUCCCUGUGUUGUAUUUUGUAGUACUUUAUAGUUUUGCCUUUAGUUCUGCCACAUUUUUCUUGUAUGUAUGCAUAAUGUAGUUCCCUAAUUAAAGUGAUGAAUGCAGCA